ACUUCCAAAGUAGAUGAUAUUUGUUAGCAAACAUUGACAAAUUAUGCGCAAAUAUACAAAAUGAUUUUGGUACUUACUUUGGCCUCGAAAUCUUCAGCAGUAAAGAACUUGAGUUCUAUUGUCUUUGCAUUUAUGCAUCUAUGGUUGUAAUUACAAGUUGCUAAAUGUUAUGUCAUGGUUUGUUAUUGGACUAUUAAAUGAGAAUGGGUUUUCAAGAAUCUGUGGAAUACAUACUAUUCAAGAAUCCUGUAAUAACAGGGACAGCUGAAGCUAUCAAAGUAAUUGGCAAGGUGGUCCCAGGUUCGCUCCUUAAACCUAAAGCAGAGAUUGCGACCACCGCAGUGAUGCCAGCGUUGAAGAACGUCGUUCUCACUGGCAGCCCUUUCAUUCGUUUGGCUGGGAUUUUCGGAGCAUCGGCAGUUGCGCUGGGAGCGUACGGAGCCCACAACGUGUACCCGACUGUGGCUGUGUGUGGCAGACGUGUACCCGAAGGAGGGGGGCGAAGAGCUGAAGAGGAUAUUCGAGACGGCCAACCGGUACCACUUCCUGCACUCGUUGGCUCUGCUGGGAGUGCCGCUGUGCCGCUGGCCCAAGCUGAGUGGCUCGCUGCUGGUGCUGGGCAUGUCCGUGUUCUGCGGGACGUGCUACUACCACGCCCUGUCGGGCAACAGCCACCUGCGCGGCCUCACUCCGUGGGGCGGCACGGCGCUCAUCUUCGGCUGGCUCGCCAUGGUGCUGUGAGCAGCUCCUAUCAGUACAGCAGUAUGAAGUAAUGCACCACAAGGAAACAUGAUAUCCACAUGUACGAUAACCAUCACAGUUAAAAAAAACAUAACAGUUUACUUUCAUACACAUCAUCAGAACAAAUACGGUGUAAUUUGGGCAGUAAGAUAAAAUAAUCAGUUAUGAUGUACAAGAUGUUCAUGUUUUGGAGAUGUUGUUUGAUAGAUGCGAAUGUAAACUGUGAGAAGGAAUUGAGGACAGAAGUUAAUUUUAAAGCUUGUAGUGUGUUUGUCUUGUUACUGGAGGCCUGACGAACAAGUUGUUACCACUCACCACCUCCGGCUAGCUCAAAAUUAGGUGAUGAGUGGAACAUACAAGUUAUGUAGCAGGUCACGAAGAAAUUAUUACUCAAUGUUCAAUGGAUUACCUGUUUUAUUUAUUCAUUUAAAAAUCACAGUUAAUUUCGCCCAACAUGUCACAAAAAAUUGUAAUGUACAUCCAGAAAGAAAUAAACCACGGAGCCAUCGACGGCCUGGUGCUCGGACAAUGACUCAAUUUUACAGCCUUCCUUCCCUUUGUGCGGGCAGUGUCCUGGGCUCGCUGACGUAAUUUUCAGCCAAUCACGGCACAUAGCAACAGAGGCUCAACGAAAUGCUUACUUCUGUUACCACGACACAGCGAUUUUCUCUCUCUCACACACUCCGUGACCGUAACUCACACGCCUAGCGUGUGAAACAAAGUCUCGGUCGUGGAAAUAAGGAAGGAGAAUUACGUAAGCAUGCCUUGCCACACAAAGAAGCCAGCAAAAAAAAAAAAAACUACAAACAAAAAACUUAUGAAUUUUAAAAAUAAAAACAAUAAACCCGGAGAAUUACGUUCACAAUAAUUUUGAAAAGGAAAAAAAAAAUUACAUCUAACCUGAAAUUUGACAUAAAAAUUUAUAACAAAUUAUUAUUACUGGAUGGCAAUAGGAAGGCUGUAAUCUGGGUCGUUACAAAGUGCAGCGUCUGUCCAGUGUGUUUCAGGAACAGCACACGAUACAUGUGCGGUCUUGCUUCUUAAGGUUGCGCUUCAGAAAAAAAGAAAUACUAACCUCUAGAGUUGGCGGGUUCAUAAACACACCAGUUGCACACGUUUAUUUAUGCUGGUUACAGUAUGUGCUUUCAUAGUAAUUAUCUAUAAAGGUAAUGAAAAUUGUACACACGUGUUAACAAUGUAAGCUAUGAAAAUAAAUUAAUUAAACAUUUA